AUGGCAUGGUUGUUGCAGCAACAAAAGUUCGGUUGCGUGGACUACGAGCCCCCAGCCAAGAUCCAAUGUGGCGGUGGAGGGGCCUCGUCUGCGGGGCCCGGAGAGGGCCUCACCAAGUUCUCAGUGGAGAUAGUCCAGCAGCUAGAGUUUACGACAUCCGCCGCGGACUCCCAGCCGCAGCAGAUAUCCACCAACGUAACAGUGAAGGCCCUCGCCAACGCCGUCAAGACGUCCGGCUCCCCUCCCCCCGCGCCGCAACCCCCUCAACCCUCUCAGCCGCCCCGCAUGCCCUCGCCUUUGGACUGCGAGCGGGAAUGCAAAGCGGAAUGCAAGUCCGAGGCCGCUGACGACGAGUUCGUCGGUUUAGACGAGUGCGCCGCCGCUCUAGAGAGGGACGCCGCCUCCGCCUUCCCCGGCCUGGCCGACCUUAUAGGGGAGGAUGACGGAGACGACGCCUUCGAGUACCUCAUCACAGAGAUCUCCGAGUACCCGGAGCUCAUGAAGGACUUUGAUCUGGACGGGGGGAAGAGCAGCGGGGGGGGCGCCGAGCAGACGAGGGCCUACGGGGAGAUGUCCCCCGCCGCGCAGACACUCAAACACAUGGCGGAGCAGCACCAGCAGGCGGCCGGCGGGGACUGGCGCUACCGGGGCUACAACUACCGCCCGCGGCCGCCGCUAGAACACCUACACAUGACGCAGCAGCAGCAGAUGCACCUCUCACAGCCGCACAACCUGCAGGUGAGUGACGUCACGCCCCCUCCCCCUCCCUCCUCAUAUAAUAAGUCGUGUCGUACAUGUAAAAAAUAUAUGACCGAGUGUAGUAUCGACCGCGGGGUGCGCGCGCUGAUACCUACAAGAGCGGGCCGCCCGUCACACCGGACAAGGCGCCGUGUUACACCGUGCUCGAUGUUCGGUGUGUAUGUGUCGGCUGCACAGCAUAUGCAGGUCAGCUCGGCCGCAGGGCUGUCUGUAGCCGCGCAGCAAGGCAUGUAUGCUGGGUACACUCACCAGGGGCAGUCACAAUCGCCACAUCAUCAAGGUAAUAACUGCGACUCAUACUCGGUCUCCCAGUCGCAGAGCAUCAAGUUCAGCCCGUCUAUGAGGCCCCGGGCCGCGGCCCCACAGACUAACACCGGCCCGCAACAAGGACAGCCUCUCGGUAUAGCGGCGGCGGGUAUAUCCCGCGAGCAGCAGGCCAAGAUGCUGCAGCAGCAACAGCAGCAGAUGCUGCGCGCCCAGCAGCAACAGAUGCGUCCCCCUCCGCCUGAGUACAAGGCCAGGUUCGCAGCCCGCAGGCCUGCGCCUGCGCCGGCGCCCGCGCCCCGUGCCUUCGCCCCCCACAGCCGGCAGUACCCGCCAGACUGGAGACACGUGCUGAUACAGCAGCAGAACGCGCGGCAACAGUUCCCGCAUCACUUACAAGGAGGUAAUUUCAACAUGGGCGGCAUGGGCGGUAUGGGCGGCGUGGGUAACAUGGGCAACGUGGGCGGCGUGAGCACCAGCAUGGCGCAGCAGCAACAGAUGCAGCUCCAGCAGGCGAGGCUGCAGCAGCAACAGCAGCAGCUGAUGCAGCAUCAGCAACAGAGGUCGUCGAGCCAGCAGCAGUCAUCCAUGUCGCAGCUGAUGAUGCAGCAGAACCAGGUCAUGACCGUCCAGGCGCAGCAGAUGCCAAACAUCCACAUGUCGCAGUCACAAAGCAUGAGCAUGGCGGGUAUGUCCAUGCCACACAACGCGCACGCGGGACACGGGACGGGACAUACGGGACACGGGGCGGGACACACGGGACACGCUCAAGCCGGGACAAUGCACUUCCCGUCCUUCCCGGGCGGCGCGGACUUCAACCUGGACUUCCUGGACAGCAUGCCUUCCUCCGAGGCGAGCAGCCUCACAGCCCAGGAGCUGCUCAACUCACUAGAUAACUCCUUCCUCAACGACAUCCUCUAG